CGUCAGCGCUCCCCGAUUUGUUUGCAUUUUCGUACUUUUUCCAAUCUUACUCCAGGAAAAACGUAUUGGAUAUAGAUUUUAACCGAUGUAGCUCUUGGAGACGUUUGCUUAGUAUCUAGAGUGGAAAAUGUCGUCUGCUAUAGUUCACGGAUGUAUUCCAGAUAUAUAAAUGCAGCGAAUCGGCCACGUUUUUAAUAUAUAUUUACACCACACGAUCACAAAAAUGGGGUCACGUCCGUUGUGAGUUCCCAUCGUAGAAUAAUAAGAACUCAAUGUGUGAACAAGGGUUGUGAAAAUAGAGAAUUAGAAUUAAUAAAUUAAUGAUGGAAUUAUUUACUAUCAAGCCGGUCGACGACUUCGUUUAGGCUCUACCUGACGCUUCUUACUGCAAAACGUAACCCUCAACAUGUAUUGGCCAGCGCAAGACGACAGCAUCGUAGAUGCUUCUGGCAAUAAACUGGAACAAGUGACAGCCAAUUCAAGCAAUCUUGACCGUUCGAAAGAAAGGCAUUUAACAUCUACCCCUUUGGAUCUGUCGGGGUCGUUCGCCGAUUCACAAAAUCCACGCGAAGUGGAAAGUCCUUUGGAUUUAUCAUUGAAAACGAGGAAACGUCAGGCAGAUUCCGCAGAAAUAAGGGAAAUGUAUCUUGCUCAUCAACAAAUGUAUUCUUUUGGAAAAAGACCAUGUGUAAAUGCGACACAAACUCAAAUGCCAUACCUUCAAAAGCCUAUAGCUCAAACUGUUUUACAAGGACCAAGUACUAGUGAUUAUGGUGACCAAAGACAGACAAUGGAUCGGCAUAUAUCGCUUCAAAGACAGUAUUUAGAACAUACCAAGUUGAUUGAACGUAAUCAUCCAGCACUUGAACAGAGACAUGCUUUGGAACAAAGACAAGCGUUUGAACAAAGGCAGCAGGUUCUUGAACAUAGGCAGAUGCUUGAACAGAGAAAAUCUAUGGAAGAUCGUCAGCGACAAGUUAUGGAGGAAAGACAAAGGCAAGCCAUGGAGGAAAGACAAAGGCAAAUAAGGGAAGAAAGACAUCUUCAACAAGGAUAUAGUGACAGUUACUACACGAAACAUCCUCCAAACACGGGUUAUCCAGAGAUGCAACAAGACAUAUUACUGCCACAUAGAAACUCUAGUCAACAAGAUAUCUCUUUGGUGAAACAAGGCAUGACACCACCUUGGCAAACUCAACAAAUUGUCCAAAAUAAGUCUUUAACUCAAGAACAUUAUCGAAGAACAUCUCAGAUCCGCUACCCAAAUAGAAUGAAGAAUCCAAGUUCAGAUGAACAGUACUACGCCAUGCUUCAAACUAUUCAGAAACAAAAUGCAGCAAAGAAACAGCAGAUGGAAAAAGAACGUAUUUUUGCAGAAAGGACGGCAAGAAUUCAAGAAUCAUUAACCGCAACACAACCCAAACUUUCCCCAAAAGUCAGCACUAUGUCUCACCCAACUCCUUUCUUGGAAAGACCAGCGCAGGCUUACUUACAGAAGCCAUCAUUGAAUAACGAUGUUAAUUAUAACCAGCAGUUGUGGAAAUCAGGGUUUUCUGAAUCAGCACAGCAACGUAUGAUCGCUGAAACAGCCCAACAACAACAUGGUGUAGACGGUCCCCAUGUGAUAAACAUUGGGAAGCACAGGAACCCAAUGGCAUCUUACAACGCUACCAUAAAGCAAGAGCACCCCGAUCUCCUACCCGCAAGUGGGUACAAAAAGCCGUUAGGAAAUGAAAUGCCUAUUCAGAUGGACCAGAGACACCCUUAUCUUAGUCAAGCAUCCCAGAUUCAACAUUCCUCAAAUGCUCUUAAAGAUGUAAUGAUGACUGGUAACCCUCAUCAAAUGAAAGGGUUACGGAAUUCUUGUUCUAGAGCUUCUUCAGAAAUUCAAAUGCCUCAUCAGUCAGAGAGGUCAAUAAUGAAGGGGACCAGUGGAGUAUAUGGUUUGAAUGGAUUACAAAAAUCAGCUUUGUAUAAAGUUUCUUCAAAACAGUUUGAAACACAUGAAGGAAUCACGAAACAUAGUAGUGAAUGUCAAAAAUCUUGCGAUGGGCAUGAGGUACCCGUUUCUAGUCAUAAAUCAUCAAGAGUAGACCAAUAUUCAAAACAGAGACAGAUUAAUAAGGUACAGAGAGAAGAACCAGUGAAAAAGAAGGAAAGUGAUGACUCCUUAAACGACAAUAGGCUAGUGACACAACUUUUUAGAGGAAUCAUAACACACGGGGGAGGGAAUCUAUUAAACGAAACAUUGAAACAAAGGGAGGAAACUAAAGUUCCUCGUGAAGAUACAAAGGCUCAGGAAUCGUCAGGGUCCAAGACAGAUGUUGUCGAGCGCUUAUCGUCUCCACUUUCAAUAUCGAUACCUAACACUUCCAACUCAUGUAAAACAGAGGAAAAGCUCGAAAGUAAACCACGACCGUUCUCCAAGAAACAAUUAAUUAUGAAUGCCGUUAACAGAGACGAAGAUCUUCGGAAAAUUGUUAGCAAUUCCGAAAAACCCAAAACUGUUAUUUUUUCCAAUCCAGAUAUCAAAAGAUCUCAAACCACAUCCCCCAUUGGCCCAGAAUCCCCUAAAAUGCCAACUUUAAGUCCCCAACAAAAACUUCAACCAUCAUGUUUGUCUCACCAAGUCACGGAACCACCUACCCUUGACAUUGAUGGUUCCGAGAAACACGAUUCGUAUGGACGUUCCGGUACCGCAUCGUAUUGUCAGGAUAAGAAAAGAAUAAGGCUUCUGUCAUCUCUUCCUAAGAAAACACAGCCUGUGAUUGAAGACGAAGAAGAGGAAGAAGAAUCCGGCGAAACUCAAAACGAGGUUUCCAUACACGCCAACAGCGUGUUUGCAAAUAGACCUUUCUUACACUACAAGAAGAUACCUAUUGCUAACGUUGCACCGAUGGUUCACGAAAAUUCCACAGAGGAGCAAAAGGAUACUCCACCCAUCACCUCAAAUGGAAACACUGGUCAAAAACGAAAGCUAGAUGAAACAUUUGACAAACAUAUAACGUCCUCAAUCAAAACAUAUUUAAAUGAAAAUUCUGAAACAGCUGUAAAUUUUUCAAGAGAAAACGAGACAGAUUUUAGUGUUAUUGAUGUUAUCAAAGAAAGGGAACAAAUCGUUAAAGGCAGACGAUUGUCGGAUUCUGAAUGUGUUCUCAAAUCAUCUGAUGGUUGUGACCAAGAUUACAAGCCACUGAAGAUUGAAAGACGUCAUAAGUCUUUGAUUCAAGAAUCAAGUUCCAGUGGAAGAAUACCAGAACAUAAGAAUUUUAUGAUAACAGAUGAAAAGAUAGACAGUCGUCCUACAUUCCGCAGUAAAAUCUGCUCUACAUCAAAGACACAGAAAAAGGCAGACGAUAUUCGUCGUCGCGCGCGGGAAAGACAUCAACAACGUCAGAGAAAUAAGCAGUUUCAGGAAAAUCAAUCCCUCUAUAUCAAAAGCAGACGACAUAGUCAGGAUAAAGCCCGCGGAUUUAUCGAUUUCAAACCGGAAGUUCUCGUCAAUCGAACCCGAACCAAAACUUGUAAAACUGAAAUUCCCUCAGAUUCGGACGAUAAAACAGAAGAUGAAGGCGAUAUCAGACGGUUCAAAAAACGUGUAUAUAAAAAAUCUGGACAAAGAAAUGUUCGCAAAGAUACCUUGCAAAAAAAGAAAGAGGGUGGCAAAGAAGUUAAAAAUAAUACAGAAUGUUCAACCAGUAUUUCGCUGAAAAUCGCCUCCAUUGCUCUUACGGAUUGUGUGAAUAAGAACAUAGCGGAGGUUAACAGUGGAGAGGGACAUUCUAAUGAUGGACCAAUUCAAUCAAAACAGGAAACACAGGAAGCGGAAGAGAAGGGUUCCGCAUCUGCGCAACCGGAAGUUGAUUCCCAUGGUGUGCCGAUGAAAUUACUAAUCCGUCCAAAACAGAAGCGAAGAUUCCGAAGGAGAUCAAGUACAAAAAGAAUCGGAAAAUGUCGCAGACGAAGGACGAAGUUCCGGAAGAAGGAAAUAAUGAAGAAAAAUAUUGUUCCAUUGACGUUUCAGGAUGAUAUUGACGAUGACGUCUUCGCAAAUGAUGAUGUGUUUGGACUGUCAGCGAAUGUUGACACUUCUGAUGAUCUACCACAUACCAGCGCUCCGGUUCCUGGAGUGGGCCAAGAAAUCAAGAAACUUGUCGUGUGUAAAGACACUGGAGAAACAAUGCUGCACCGCGCUGCUCGACUUGGACAUCUGGAUGUGGUUAUAUAUUGCCUUCAGUCAGGGGAUGUCGAUGUGAAUACAAAGGAUAAUGCGGGUUAUACACCUCUUCAUGAGUGUUGCGUCAGCGGAAACUUGGAAAUAGCGCGCUUAUUGUUAUCACGUGGGGCAAACGUCAAUUGCGCAUCACAAGACGGAAUCAGACCCAUACAUGAUGCUGUGGAAAACGAUAAUGUUGAGAUGGUCCGUUUACUAAUUGUGUAUGGGGCUGAUCCAACUUUAGCAACAUAUACUGGUGCAUCUCCCCUGAAAAUUGCACAUAGUGAGGGCAUGAGAUCGCUUAUUACUGGCUAUUUAGGUGAUAUAAACGGAUUUUCCGGGGACCAGAUUCGAACUGCGUGGGAGUUUGAUCUAUACGGACCAGGUUGUUUACCCGAGACUGAGGUUUUUAGUAAUAUACCUGAAGAUCCUCCUUUAGAAUCAAAGGACCAAUAUGUAGAGGAGGCCACGCUUCCUUUAUUUCCAGUGAUCAAAGUUCAAAAUGGCGAAGUCAAUAGAUCUGAAUCUUUUGUGCUGGUGAGAGAUGUAUGCGAAUUCUACAGGGUCAAACCAUCUGAUGCUCUGAAGCAUUUGGAGCAUUUAAAUAUCAGUGAACUGUCUAAAGAAGAUAUUCUUCAGAAUAAGGAGAAUUGUCUUCUGUUUCAAAAAUUGUCCAUGUUAUCAACAACACAACUACCUGCUGUAAGCCAGGGUUGUGUUGGAGAAUUAAUACAGACUUGUAUAAGAUUGUCUAAUGGUGCUGAAACUACUGUUACAAACUCUUCACCUUCAAAAACUUUGCAGAAAGAAUCGUCUUUGUUUCAAGCGAGAACCAGCACAACAAAAAGUCCUCAAAAACAAAAUAAUUCACCGACAAAAUCCUACAAGCACUCACCCAAAAACAUUUCUAAAGAAAAGUCGUCUGAACAAAAAACUGCUUUUGCGAAAAGAAAUUCACAGAAAGAUUCUUCGAAGUCUCUGUCAUACAAGAAAAAGUUAUUUUCGGAAGAUUGGGCUUCUGGUAAGCCUUCUACAAGCGGGCUUGUUAAAGACAAAAGUCAACCAGGGAUUGUUAAAAGUAAAUCGUCCCUUAAAGUAUUCGAUCUGACUUCUACUGACGAAUCCACAGACGACGAGUUUAACUCCUGGGAACCGUCUACUGAUCUCAAAGUUGUCAAGUAUCGUCAUGACAACAUCGAAUUGGUUUCCAAGUCGUCUGCUUCAAAGAUUAAACACAAAAAAUAGAAUAUGAUGUAUACGAAGUUAAUUUGUUGGAACAAUUUUGGUGUGUAUGUAACUUUGUAUUUUUUAAAUGUACAUGUUUGUAAAAUGAUCAUUAUUGGUAUGUCUGUGUUAGGAUCAUGUAGAAAAGGAAACGUCUAAAAGGCAUAGGGCAUUGAUUGUUGUCCAGUGGACGUUAAAUUACAUGAGAAGUUGUGUCAAAUGUUUAUUUACUGGGUGCUAUGGAAAAAACAGUUUCUUUUUUUUUUUCAAGAUUGUGCAUGGCAUAAUAACUACUACAAACAAAGGUCAUAUAACUGUUAACAUGAAUUCAUUGACGGAUCUGAUUUUCUGGUGCUUUGUUGUUUGUUUCCUUCUUUUUAUAUUGUCUUUCAUUGUUCCUGUUACAUUGUCGUUAAAUGUUGGCAAUCCAUAAUCAUUCAUUUUAAUUCAGUUAACGAUCAUUUUAAUGUGUGGUUUUGGUGUUUAUGAAAUAUAAAAAACAAAUGUUAAUUCCUGAAAACGGGGAAUUUUUUCUUUUAAUGGAUUUUUAGGAAAUAAAAACAGAUAAGACUGUACACGAAUUUAAUUAAACAUACUGUGUUACACAUUAUUGUUGACAUUUUUAAAGAUUUGAGUAUUAGUUUUUACAACGAUUAUUUUAACGAUAAUCUUGUACAUACAUAUGAUUGAAAAAUUAUACAGUAGUAUUUGUUAGAUUUGAAAUAUUUUUAUAUAUUUUAACUUGUUUCAUUUUGUUGAGAAAGUCUAAUGGUUUUUAAAAACAAAUUUUAGUCUCUGAAAUGUUUGUUGUUUUAUAAAUAAAAUAAACGGGUCAAAUACAUCCAUAUAUAAACCUGUGUAACAGUGAUCUCCAUUGUAAAUUUCACAUUUCAAAAAUGUGAAUUUCUCCUUUCCUCAUUGGUCUCUCGUACUAUUUACCCAACGAAGUUGGACAAUCGGACACAUUUUUUUUCCCAGAAUUUAUGAUAUGUGAUUUGAUGUAUAAAAAUCAUACUGGUUUGCAAAAUCGGUAGUAAUGUAUUCAGAUAAAAUUUAGAAGAAAUUGAUUAUAUUUUAUGUUUACGAAUAAAGAGCAGUUUGUCUUUGGAUGUCUUGUUCAUAAUAAAUUCACCUGGAUUACUGUA